AUGAAAAACAUUUCUUCAAGACCCGAUUCGAUUUCUCCCUCAGUAACUCCUUUUUCUGGUGCCUUAAUGGAGCUAGACGAAUACAGGUAGAAACCCUUAUUUUUCUUGCCUUUUUCGCUUUGCUCCGGAGCAACUUGACUUUUGACGUAACCGCAGGCUGUGAAGAUUCAAAGAUUAGGAUCUGUUAGUGUUGUAAAGGGCAGAUUUCGAGCAUGAAUUUUGCUCGAAGGGGUUGUUAUGACUGAAAAAAGAAUGGUAAAAAGAAAAAAAUCCGGACAAGUUCGACCAAAAACUGUGCAAAUUCUAAUUGUUGUUCUGUCAGAAACAGCUGACAGUCUUGAAUUCUUAAUCUGGCGGUGUUUUUGUCUUUAAUUACCACUAUCUUUUAUACUGGGAAUGCUGGGAAUCGAUAAUUUGACUUUUUGCGUUUCAUUUCCUAUCGCCCUGGUUACAAAUUUACCCUAGGCCUUGGAGUUUACAUUUUUCGAAUCACGUUUAAGCUUAUAUGACUUGUGUACUAUCUGUUCAGUAAAUCGCGUGUACAUGUAAACAUCGUCUCACAUCAUAAUUUAUUUAUUACUAGUGUCUCUGUUUGUGUCGUGUAGUAACUCUUCAAAGACUUGCAGCGUCUCUCAAAACCAAAUUAAAAAGCAAUAUUAAACAAGCAAGAUAAAAAAUAAAAACAACAGCAACAACAAUAUUUUCCAAUACACAGUUUCUUUGUGUGCUACAAAGGAAGUCACAGUUAAAUUGGUCAUUUACUGGUUCGUAGGUCUAAGUUAUGUAACCCAUCAAAAUGUUCACCCACUGUUCUCUUUUUGAUUUUUACAGACCAUCAAUUGCAGAUCAGGUUCAUAUUGGCUAUUUCAGUCAGGACAGAUCAUCACAGACAGAAGUGUCUGAGAUUGCACAGCUUAAAGAAAUGACUGAAGUGCUUCAAAAUCUUGUUAGGGUA